CGCCGCGGUCAGUCAUACUCGCGUCGCCGUGGCGUUACUUUCGUUUCCGUUGCAAUUGCUGACUAGGUUAGCUUCGCGCAGUGUUGUGAUCGCUUAGUAUUGUUAGGUAUUAUAUUCAAACGUUCGCGUUCUAUCCGUAAUAUAAAAUCUCUCGCCGGUGAGCCCAGUCGAACAAAAUCUUUCCAAAUGGGCGCCAAAAGUGAUGUCUGGAGCUUCGCAGUUUUCGCGGCAUUCCUGCUUUUCGUCGAAAGUGCCGACAGUUUACGAUGUUAUCAGUGCAUCAGUACGAACAACACGCAUCCAUUCCAAUGCAACGAAUUUCUUUCGAGCGACAUCGAUAUCGAACCAGUGCCAUGCGAUGGUGUUUUCGGGGCGCAGUACUGUGUGAAACACACUGGCCGAUUCGAGGCGACAAGUCUGGAUUGCUAUCAGUGCACGUCGGCGGAAGAACUGAUCUGCGGAGACGACAAAUUGGUUUCUGGUACUUUGACACCAGCAAACUGCAGUCACGUUUAUGAUGCACGAUAUUGCAUCAAGUCGAUCGGACGAUACGGAGGUGGAAUAGGUACGAAACGGUUCUGUUCGGCUAAGGACCUGGGAAACUAUUGCGAUUACGUGAAUCGACAAGGAGACAAGUUGACGUAUCGUACCUGCAUUUUUACUUGCACCGGAGACGGCUGCAACUCAGCGACCUCUUUGGGACCGACUGCAGCGUGGUUGUUACCGAUAGGUGUGCUAGUGACUUGCAAAUUACUCCGUCAGAGGUAGACACUUGGGGUGCAAAAUGUCUAUGGGACCAAUUGAAUAUUCCCGCGAAAUUUCUCAGGUAACGUUCAGUCGUUGACAAAAAAGCGUGCAAUUUGUUCUACCGACUUCGUGAUAUUUUCGCAUCACAAUCUCUUCCUCGAAUUAAUCAGACGAGACCAUUAUUACCCUGACGCGACUGAAGGUUAGCUAGAAAUUUAAUUUUAAUAUAAUUCUAAUCCGUCCAUACUGUAUCGCUACGAUAAACGAAUAUUUUCUCUUGCACAUGAAAUCCGUCGCCAUUGUGCCUUACUUGAAGCAACAAGUUAGAAAUUGUAUUUUUCCAAAAGAAGGUAAAUACUAAUUGUAAGAUCAACUAAGAGAACUUAUUUGUUAAGAGCUUCAACAAUUUAACAGUGCUUAAUUAAUGUAUAGGUUAAAACACGAGCGUGUGUGUUCUCAAAGCCGAAUUAGUAUAAGUUACGUGUCGUGUAGAACCGUUAAUUUUCGAGAACUUUUAUAGAUCUAUUUUUUACUUGUAUUUUUUCAUUUUUCAUAUUUUAUAUAUAUAUACAUACGACGAACAGAGACUUAUAUCGUUCACUUUUGUGUAUCAUUUUGUACAAAGUAUGUGUCACUGUACACAGAUUAUGACAUAUCAAUACUCGGUUUUCUUUUUUUUAACACGUUGAUCGCUCGCUCAGAAACCACAGAAACUCGAUCAAAUCGAAGCAAUAAGAUUAUUAGCAUUAAGAUUUAUGAUAUUAACUGCUCCGUUGAUUCUUGCGUAUUUGAAUGGUAACGGAAAAAUAAAAUUUUAACGACAGUCAACGUGUUAAACACGGAAACACGAGUGGUGUGCGAGUGUAGAUUAAAAACUGAAAACAAUUGUAUCUUUUUUUCGUGUGGACCAUAAAACAACGAAACUCGAAAUGAAUGCAUUGUUCUUUAUUCACGAACAAGAUAUCCCCGUUAGUCUUAACUCGUCGAUUUCGUUUCCUCUGCAUAUAAAUAUAAUGUGAUAGUCGAUUAACUGCUAGUAACAAAUUUCUUUUCACGACGAAUUCGCAAGGUACUCGCACGUUGACGUUCUUUGGUGUAUUAUAUGUAUGUAUAUCGUUAUAUUAUACAGCGAACGGUACAUAGGGUUAGCUAGCACUCUCUCUUCGACAAGACGUACAUACUACGCACACGUGUUGGCAGACCAAACCAAAUGUUCGUUUCGCUGAAGCGCGGCAGUCAUGAUAGAAUCAUGUGCACUUUUGAAAUUCGAACGUUCAAACACACUUCCAUCAUAUACUGUAAGCGGUAAUAGAAACGAAAAUGAAUACACAUUGACAAAUUAAA